UCAAACACAGCUGUACUUGUUCAAUCACACCCACUCCUGUCACCCUGUCUGGGGAACAUCGAGGCCACCAUCACAGUCAGCUCGUUCUUAAGGGACCAAUAAACACAUUUAUUAGGCUACUACUGAAUUUCAAUAGAAAUUACUUUACUUAGGUAAUCUACGAGAGAGCUUUUAUUGCUGACCCCGGGGGUUUCUAGGACUCACCGCGCGCUGACCAGCAGAACCACACAGAACUUCGCAAACUUGUUCGUUCACAUCGUCUCCGAGGACUUCACCGAAGCGGCGAUGGAGCAUCCUUGGUGCUUUUACGCGCUUAUUUUAACGCUGAUGUCCUGUGUUCAUUAUUCCCAGAGCAUUGAGAGAAAUAAGGAUAUUCCAACAGAAAAACUGCUUGUGCUUACUGUUGCAACACAAGAGACUGAUGGCUUCCACCGCUUCAUGCAGUCAGCAAACUACUUCAAAUACAAUGUGAAGGUGCUGGGGAUGGGAGAGGAGUGGAAGGGAGGUGAUGUGGGUCGAUCCAUCGGUGGAGGCCAGAAGGUUCGACUACUAAAGGAAGCCAUGGAGUCUCUGGCUGACCAAGAGGACUUGGUGAUCUUAUUUGUGGACAGUUAUGACCUCAUCUUUGCUGGUGGACCUGAGGAGAUUUUCAGAAAGUUCCUACAGACCAAUCAUAAGCUGGUGUUUGCUGCUGAGGGAAUCAUCUGGCCAGAUCCUCGACUGGCAGAGAAGUAUCCUUCUGUCCGCAGCGGGAAGCGCUUUCUUAACUCAGGAGGCCUUAUCGGGUAUGCUCCAUACAUUCAGAGGAUUGUGAACAAGUGGGACCUUCAUGAUAAUGAUGAUGAUCAGCUAUUCUACACAAAGAUCUACGUGGAUCCACUUCAGAGGGAAAGACUUAAUAUGACCUUGGACCACAAGUGUGAGAUUUUCCAGAAUUUGAAUGGAGCCAUGGAUGAAGUUCUCCUAAAGUUUGGAACGGAGCGAGUGCGAGUGAGAAACACAGUCUACAACAGUCUGCCAGCCAUUAUCCAUGGAAAUGUGAACACCAAGAUAUACUUCAAUUACUUGGCCAACUACAUCCCCAAUGUGUGGAACUAUGAGCAAGUCUGUACCAUCUGUGACCAAGACAUGGUGGAUUUGUCUCAGCUUAAAGAAUUUCCACAAGUGACUGUUGGUAUAUACAUUGAGCAGCCGACUCCAUUCCUGCCAGAGUUCCUCGAGAGGUUCCUGAGUCUAGAUUAUCCCAAAGAUAAACUGAAUGUCUUUGUUCAUAACAGUGAGGUUUACCAUGAGAAGCACAUACAGAAGUUUUGGGAAGAGAACAAGGAUGUAUUCCGCAGUUUUAAAGUUGUUGGCCCCGAGGAGAACUUAACUCAAGGAGAAGCAAGGAACAUGGGAAUGGAUUUGUGCCGGAAGGAUCUUUCUUGUGAUUAUUACUUCAGCAUUGAUGCAGAUGUGAUGCUCACCAACCGACAGACCCUAAAACUUCUCAUUGAGCAAAACAGAAAAAUAAUUGGCCCUCUUGUCACCCGUCACGGAAAAUUGUGGUCCAACUUUUGGGGAGCCUUGAGCCUAGAUGGUUAUUAUGCGAGAUCUGAGGACUACAUUGACAUCGUGCAAGGAAAGCGUGUUGGUUUGUGGAACAUCCCCUUCAUGGCCCAUAUCUACCUCAUAAAAGGCCAGACUCUGCGGAAUGAGCUCAAAGAGAGGAAUGUCUUUGUCUUGGAGAGAUUGGACCCCGACAUGGCCAUGUGCAGGAAUGCCAGAGAGUUGACAGUACAGAGAGAAAGAGAAUCUCCUUCUCCGGAAUCAUUCCAUAUGCUCAGACCCCCACAGGGAGUUUUCAUGUAUGUUACAAAUCGUCAUGAGUUUGGAAGGAUUAUUUCGACUGCCAACUAUAACACAUCUCAUUAUAACAAUGACCUUUGGCAACUAUUUGAAAACCCACUGGACUGGAGAGAGAAAUACAUCCAUCCCAACUACACCCGAAUUUUCACUGACAACCUCUUGGAGCAGCCAUGCCCAGAUGUUUUCUGGUUCCCUGUGCUCUCGGAGAAAGCCUGUGAUGAGCUGGUGAAUGAGAUGGAAAAUCAUGGUUCAUGGUCUGGUGGAAAAUACAAGGACAAGCGCAUCACUGGAGGCUACGAGAGUGUCCCGACAGAUGACAUUCAUAUGAAACAGAUCGAUUUUGAUAAGGAAUGGCUGCACUUUAUCAGAGAAUUCAUCUCCCCUGUCACUCUCAAGGUCUUCUCUGGCUAUUAUACCAAGGGUUAUGCGAUUAUGAACUUUGUGGUGAAGUACACUCCAAACAGACAAGCCUAUCUAAGACCACAUCACGAUUCCUCAACAUUCUCCAUUAAUAUUGCCCUCAACAACAAGGGCUUAGAUUUCCAGGGUGGAGGCUGUCGAUUCCACAGAUAUAACUGUUCCAUAGAGUCUCCUAGAAAAGGAUGGAGCUUCAUGCAUCCAGGUAGACUCACCCACCUUCAUGAAGGACUACCUACCACCAACGGUACACGCUACAUAGCAGUGUCCUUCGUAGAUCCUUAGACUCACAUAUAGUUCUAGUAGUUCUACACUAGGAAUUUACUAGCCUUGAUAUGUUUGUGUAGUGUCAGCUGUUUGUCUGUUUUUACUGAUUUAUUCUUGGAUUAUGUGUUGUGUGUCUGUUUGUAUUUGCUGUCUUUUGAAACAUUUACUACUGUUGAGAGAAAAUGCUGUUCAACAGAAGUUUAGUCAAAUCUUUGGAUGCAUUCACACAAAACACACACACGCAGGCAGAAUUUCAUACAUAUAAACCUUGUUUCAUUACUCAAAAUUAUAUGAGAGAUUUGACCAUGAUGUUUCUAUUUGGGCAAAAAAGAAAGCAGGUGAAGUCAAUAACUCUUCAUUUAAACAACUUUGGUUUAGGGCGUUUAGCAUCAGCACUCAUUCAUAAUAGCUGCCUUCAAGUCCUGCUAGGAAAAAAAAAAUCCUGUUUACUAGUUUGGAAAUUGUAAUUUUGAUAUGCUAUGCAUUUAAGUGAUUCUCAUUGGAAUAAAAUGGACGCCACAUUUUUCUUAUAUUUUAACAUUCCAAUAAAUACAGAAAUAUUUUAGUGCCAUUGCAACAAAAUUAAGAGCAAAGGAUGCACAUUAUUUGUGUAAUUGCACUUUAUUGUUGCAUUUUAAUCAUUCUUAUGUUACUGCAGAGAAUGAUGCAAAAUUGUGCAAGCCUGUUACCCUUAUAAACCCUAUAAAGUAUAGCUUUCUGGCCAUCUUUUGGGCUAUUCUUCCUCAACAGCACAUUAAAUGUCUAAAAACUCAAGUUUCUGUUGGGAUUCUCUAACUGAUAAACCCCCAACCCAAUGUGCACUCAGAUGCUCUAAGCUCAUAAACGCAAAGAAGAUUGGUAAAAAGGAAGAGGAGCUCAAAUACUGUAAAAUAUCUAGAUUUCUACAAAUUGGAGAGUUGUUGGUGUCAAUGACUUCAGUGGUUCCUCCGUGUCGCAGCUGACCAUGUUUUUAAAAGACAUGAAUCCUAAUUAUGAUAAGAAACUAUGAAUAUGCUGUCAACAAAGUAAGUAUAAUUUUGUAUGUUUGCACAACAAGAAACGGCAGGAUUUAAAAUGAAUCCUAG